GUGCAGACGUUGGCCACGCCUCCUGCGGGGCGGUCCCGGGGACCGUGUCCGGCCUCUUCCGCAGGACCUGCGCGGGCUGAAAGCUCUUCGGAGCGGGGCACCUGUUCCGCGCCUAGUGGAUAAAUGGCAAGCAAAAAGCGAGAAAUCCAGUUACAGACAGUUGUUAAUAGUCAAAGCCUGUGGGAUGAGAUGUUGCAGAACAAAGGCCUAACAGUGAUAGAUGUUUACCAAGCCUGGUGUGGACCUUGCAAAGCAAUGCAACCUUUAUUCAGAAAACUGAAAAACGAACUGAACGAAGAUGAACUUCUGCAUUUCGUUGUCGCAGAAGCUGACAACAUUGUAACUUUGCAGUCAUUUAGAGAUAAAUGUGAACCUGUUUUUCUCUUUAGUGUCAAUGGCAAAAUUAUUGCAAAGAUCAUUGGUGCAAAUGCCCCACUUGUUAAUCAAAAAAUUAUUAAUUUGAUUGAUGAGGAGAGGAAAAUUGAAGCAGGUGAAAUGGUUCGCCCUCAGUAUCAUGAAAUUGUGUUUGUGGACUCAGAUGCGGAAGAUGGUGAGGAAUCACCCUAUGAAAGUGCUGAGCAACUAUACAGUAUUGCUAUUAUCAAGCCCGAUGCUGUGAUUGCUAGAAAAUCUUUAGAAAUUAAAAAAAAAAUUCUCGAGGCAGGAUUUGUCAUAGAAAUAGAGGAUAAGAGAGUGCUCACUGAACAGCAAGUAAGGGACUUCUACAGUCGAAUAGCUGACCAGCCUGACUUUGAAGAUUUUGUCCUUUUUAUGACAAAUGGCCUGAGCCAUAUUCUAGUGAUAUCUCAAGGAAAUGAAGAACAGCCUGCCUGGGAAGAAACUGAACCCAAUCCCGAGACUGAAACUAAAGUGUAUGAGGAUAAUCACCAUGAGGUGGCCCCACCUACGCUGAGGAAGGAGAAGCGGUACAGUUUACAAGAAUAUCUGGAAAGACAACAUAUAUCUCAGCUCUGUGAUAUUGAAGAGGGUAUAGCUAACGUUAAUAAGUUUAUUGAUAUGUUCUUCCCUGAUUUUAAAAGUAUGAAAAACCUCAAAUUAGAAAAGAUCCUGGCAUUACUUCGACCAGAUCUCUUUCAAGAAAAGAAAGAGAAUGUUUUAGGUAUCAUCUAUGAUGAAGGCUUUAAAAUACUGAUGCAGAGAUCAAUCGUAUUGUCAGAAGAAGAAGCACAAACACUGUGCAAGGAAUAUGAAAAUGAAGAUUAUUUUGAAAAUCUUAUAAAAAAAAUGACCAGCGGUCCAUCUCUAGCCCUUGUUUUAUUGAGAGACAAUUGUUUACAACACUGGAAAGAGUUAAUUGGGCCCAGCAGUGUUGAAAAAGCCAAGACAUCUGUUCCAGAGAGCUUAUGCGUGCAAUUUGCAAUGGAAGGUUUGCCUAUCAACCAGUUGUAUGGAAGUGAUUCGUUAGAAACUGCCGAAAAGGAAAUACAAUAUUUCUUUCCUCCUCAACAGACUUUAGCACUGAUUAAACCUCAUGUAACACAGGAACAAAGAGAGGAGAUCUUGAAAUAUAUUAAAGAGGUUGGAUUUGAAAUAACACAGAUGAAGGAAAUGCUCCUAAAUGAAGAAGCAGCAGACAAAAUUUACUCAAAAAUAAAAACAAAAGACUUUUAUAAAGAUGUAUUGGAAGUGUUAUCUGAAGGUCCAUCUUUGGUCAUGAUUCUGACCAAGUGGAAUGCUGUUUCAGACUGGAGACGAUUGAUGGGUCCUGUAGACCCAGAUGAAGCAAAACUACUGUCCCCAGAUUCUAUCCGAGCCCAGUUUGGAACAAGUGUUUUGAAAAAUGCUGUCCAUGGAUCAUCUAAUAUCCAAGAAGCAAUGGAGACCAUCGAUCAAAUGUUUGAAGUGUUGGUUCCCGAGAACCCUGAGGGAAACUAAAGAAACUAUGAAGAGAGUGACAAGACAACCCACAGAAUUGAAGGAAAUAUUUGCAAAUUCUACGUCUGAUAGGGGUUUAAUAUCAGAAAUGGAAAAGGCUUGAACAGACAUUUCUCCAAAGAAGAUCAACAACUGGCCAACAAGCACAUGAAAAGAUUCCCAACACAAUUAGUCCUUAGAGAAAUGAAAAUCACAACCAAAAUGAGAUGUCACUGCACACCUAACUAUGAUGGCUGUAGUAAAAAAAGGACUAUAACAAGUGUUGAACUUUGAGAAGAUAAUGCAUGUAAGUUCGCACUGACAUACGAGCAUGUGGCACAGCUUCCUGGGAGGAAUAAAAAGGAAGAUACUCUCUGGAGGAAAACUCAACGUUACCUCAAGUUAAAAACUCACCUUAAAGUGAAAAACGUAUGGGUGUGCAUAAUAACAAUAAAACAGGUAACCUUCAAACAAA